GAGCACUGCUGCUGAGGGUCGAGAUGGAGCGGUCUGGGUCUGAAGGUGUCAGCCCAGUCUUGUUGCUCCUGCUUCUGCUUUGGGAACGAGCUGCUCCCCGCUGUGCUCCCUCUCUGGGCUACACAUUCACAGUCACUCCUAAUGGACAACCGUGGUGUGACAUUCAAGGCCAGGUCAAUGGGAACACAUUUCUUCAUUAUACCUGUGGUGGCCACAAGGUCAGACUCAUCAGUGUCCUGGAGAUGAACGCCACACAGGCCUGGAGUGACCAGAGAGACGCUCUGCAGUACGUGGUGGAGGAGCUCAAGAAGACCCUGCUGGACAUUAGAGCAGAGAUUCCUGCGACCAGCGGUCCUCUCUCCCUGCAGGGCAGCAUGAUGUGUGAGCAGGAAUCCAAUGGACGCACCGCUGCAUUCUGGGAGUUUGGACUGGAUGGACAGAUAUCUCUCCGCUUUGACACAAAGAACGGACACUGGACAGUGCUGCGCGGUGAAGGCAGACUGUUGAAGCAAACAUUGGCGAGUGACAGAGCUAUGACCGAUCUCCUUGUUAGGACCUCAACUGGAGACUGUAGGAAGUGGCUUCAACAAGUUCUGUGUCCCCUGAGCACACAAGCUGCACCAACCACUGCCACAGCCACAGUCCCGUCCAAGGCCACAACCAACACGCCCAUCCCUUCGGUCCUCCCUGUGAUCCUCACCUGCACAGUCAUAGUUGGUAUCUUAGGCUGGGGCCUUUAAGUAACAGGUACUGAGGGCUUAAUUACAGGUACCAAGACAAGCACUGAUCGAUGGCACACGCACUUCCUGAGCAGCACUUCAAAACGUAUGAAGAGUAG